UUGUCAAAGGGCACUGAUCGCAAAUGACAUCAGUGCACAAAGACGCUCACGCAAAUGACACCGGGACACCUAGAGUAAUAUACAAACAGGACUUUAAACUCACUUUUUUUACUAAUUAGAUACCAAAAUGAUGCCUUUCAAGAGAACUUUUGAGAACGACAAACACCAGCUGCAGGAGCUCAACAGCAGACUUUUCCAGUAUCUCUCUCGAACGAAGCAGCUGGAGCAGGAAAAUGUGCAUCUUAUUACUGAAAUAAACAAACUGAGACAAGCAAAGACGACAGAACUGGAGCCGAAGUGUAAGGGCGAAAUGCGGGAGCUGAGGAGAAUGGUGGAGCAGCUGUCGUUUGAAAAGUCCCAGGCUGAGAUGGAGAGGGAGAAGCUAUGGCGGGAGUUGCAGAUGGUCCAGUCCCUGUGUAGCGAGCAGACUGGUGUUUGCAGGGACAUCGGAGGCGAGCUGAAAGGCUGCGAGAAGGAUCUCCAGCACGCUCACAAGAUUAAUAUUGAACUCCAGCAGCGUUUGUGUCAACUAGAAAAUGAGUGUAAAUGCUUGGAAGAGGGGCAAAGGCAAGAAAAGCACCAUUUGCGGCGUCAGGUGGACUCCCGCAUGGUGCCCAUCAUCACGCAAACUUACCGCGGGCCUCCUGCAGCCACCAUGGAGGAGGUGCAAGAGUAUGCCCUCAGUCUGUCCGAAGGAUGGAUGGAAACCUUUGAUAUGUACCAGAGGAAGGUGGAGGAGAUGGAACAGUCCAUUAAAGAGGACCAAGAGAGGAUGAGCGGUUUGCAGAGGGAAAAGAUGAUGUAUGCUUCUGAGUUGGACAAAUUACGCAAAGAGGGAGAGAAACAAGGGCAGAUUCAAUACCGCCUUGAAGAAGAGCUGAUGCACAUGCAGGAGAAAUUCAGGGUGGACUUCAGUGAAUAUCAGAUGAUUAUCAAGCAGUUGGAGCAUGAGAGGAAUUUGAUGGCUGACACUAUUACAGAAAAGAUGCGAGACCAUCAGCACCUUCUGCAGGUUAGGAUGGACCUGGGCAUGGAGGUGGCUGCCUACAGGGCUCUCCUGGAAGGUGAGAGAAUGGAUCUGCAAGAUACUCAUAGGAGGGUGACUCAACAGCAACGAGAAAGAAUAAUAGAUAUAAGGAUGCCUGCCCAGCCCUACACUCAAAGAGCUUCCACCUCAACUACCAGACAACAUAUAAAUACCAGGUACACACCGCCAACUUCAAACCUGACAAGAUCCCCUCUGCCUUCCUCUGGAUCCAUGAGUCCCUCUAGGGUCAUUCCUAUUUCAGUUGCAGGCAGAGCUCGGCACCAGAGUCCUGCAUCUCGAAGGGACAUGAUCUCAUUCACCAAAGCUAGAGCUUCCACCUCUGCCCCUGCGACCACGACCACCUCUGCCACCAAAGAUAAACUAACAAGCCAGAGUGAAUACCAAAUUAGACAACAUGUACAGAAAACAGAAGCAGAGGCAAACACUGAUAAAUUCAAACAGGAUUCUCAGGUGGAGGAUCAAGCCAGUCACAACACUUCCUCCUCUGCUGAGACCAGAUCGGUGAGAGUGGUGUCCCCGCAAAUGAUGAGCCUGAGCAAUAAAAUUGAGGCAGAAAACAAAAAGAAAGAUGAAAAAGAGAAAGAUGAUGUGAAUGGAGGGUAUUUCAAAGACAAAGGGAAAACAGUGUCUACGAUUGUCCCUAGUGAGAGAAAGAUUUUUAAUUCUGUGUCUGUAGAGGAGAUUAUUGAGAAGGCGAUGAGACCAGAAGGUUUGGAAGCUAAGGCUAGCUCCCCUGGAGAAUCGAAUGUUAGGUACCAUGUGGAGAAAACUGAGCAGGAAGAUGGAACAACAAAGACCCAGAUUGUGUUGGAGUCCAAAGUGGAAGAGGAGCUUGAUUUGUCUGAGGACUCUGCACUAGAUGAAUUACUGAGCCGAGGGGUUAUGAAGGUGUCACUGGAAGAUAUCAAGGACACAGCAACAGGAAGCAUGAUCAAGAACUUGCUUAGUGGCCUGCAGGGAAGUGGAAACUUGGAAAAUAAGUCAGUGAAUGUGGAAAUCAUUGAGGAACCGGUGGAGUCUUACAAUGAUGAGGAUUUUGAGGUUGAGCCGAGAUCUAGUUUUUAUGAGCCCUCCUCAACAUAUUUUAAAAUUGAGGAGCUAGAAAAUAUCCCUCAUGAGGCUCAAGUUCAGAGAAGUGACCGUGAGGAGAUGACAGAUCAAUUCAAAGGUGAAUCCGAUGUCCAGGAGGUUUCUAGAGGGAGUGAAUCUUCAUAUUUCUCCCAUGACCAAGAGGCAGACAAGUACUUCGUCUCCACACCAGAUGAUAAUCUUUCUGAACCCGACGAUGGUGGUGGCAUCACUUCAUAUGGACAUUAUGGUAUGGUAGAUGACCUGUCAGAUGAGAGGUAUUAUCAAGACGAAAGUCUUCCAUCCCAACGAGUGAUUGUGGAGGAUAGUGACGAAUACAAGUUCAUGUCAGGUGAUCACUCGUUUGUCAAGGAUAGUUUUCCAGAGUGCAUCAUUGAGGAGGAGGUCCGCGUCUCCCCUGUAGUGCAGGAGUCAAUGCUCGAGUUCCUGAGGGAGGACUCUUUGGAGCCCAGAGAGCAGCUAAAGGGAGCUCUAGAGAAGCUACAUACCUCAGUGUCGGGUCCACUGAAGAAGGAGUUGGCUUUCCUCUCCAAAGUGAAUAGUGAAGGUUCACAGAAUGUGGAAGUCAAAAAGGUCACACAGUCAAGUGACAACGGCAACAUGACUAUAGUUGCAGAGCUAAACGUCUCUCAAAGCCUGGAAGACUCUGGGAUGCUGGAGGCAGAAGAUGAUAUAUCUGAAGAGCAGAUCAUGGCAACGCUCAGAUCUUCUAACCCAAGGCUUGAGAAAGCCUUCCAGGGUGGGGCAGGAGCAGGAUAUAGCUUUAGAGUCUCCAAAGAAGAGGAUGUUGUGACUGGGGAAGAGUUUGAAGGCUUUACUAGCGGAGGAGGGUUUUCAUCUGAAGUCGCUGAGAAACACAUCAAACUAGGCCCAUCAGAAAAGUCCUUCACCUUCCAGAUGGACGUAGAGGGCAGCCAUGCUGAGGCAACCUCAGAGCAAGAGCUGAUAUCUCAGGCCUUGCACGCCCCGGUGAAUAUUUCUCAUCAGAAAAGAGUUGCAACAGUUUACCUUGAAAGGCCAAGCGAUGAUUAAAAACAAAGUGCUUACCAGUGCUACUAUUCAAAGUGCACAUUGCAGAGUCCACACACAUAGCAUUAAUGCAGACACUAUAAACAUGCUGUUGGCUUUGCAGUCAAACAUCUAUCAGAUUGAUUUUGGUCUUUUACUGAUUCAUUUGGCCAGAUGAACAGAUUUGUAUGGUAUUAAGUUUUGCAAUAUUACUUAAUAAGUCAAAUAGGCUGGUUUACAUUAGGAUUGAAAUAUCUGUACAUCUAUACUAAUCCUGUCUGCGCUGAUAUGUGUUAACAGAUAUACAGCUUGCCUUUUAUUAUCAAAGAUGUUCAGUUAUGCUCUCUAGAUCUCUAUAUUUUUGUACCGACCCUUGCUGCAAAUCUUACACAGCCCAUUCUGCAGUUUAGAACACCCCGUCACAUCAAGCCAACCAAAUGACAGUUGGAGUUUCAGAUGCUGUGAACUGUUUGCAGAUUGAAGCUUUAACGAUUUUUUUUCACUUUGGCUCAGCUGCCAAAUGAAACGGUUUAGUAAACUGCAUCCUGGAACAAAGUAGUUUUUUCUGAAGCAGUAGUCAGUGAAGUGUAAAGCAUAGAGUGAAGCUUGUAGCUGAGAAUGGUAUAGUGUUGAACAAAAGAGGGUGACUUGUCUUAAGAAACUUUACAAGUCUGAAAGCUGCAAUUGAAGUGUGUUGUACGUAAAUGUGUCACUUAAAAGUGUCUGUAAAGUAAAUAACUGUCAGUUAUUCUCAGAUUAUUUAACUUCACUCACAACUAAUGGCUAAUGUUGACUAAUUAGAAAAAAAUUGUUGCCUAAUAUACAACCAAAGCCUAGUUACAUUAAACAUGUAAUCUGUGUGAAAUGUGUCUUUACAUGCCGUGUGUCAGUUUCUCAUUUUACAACAGCAAACAUGUAGUUAGGGGGUGGGAAUUUAUAAUGGCAAAUCAUACCAUUUAGAACGCUAAAAUAGGGUUGUCAAUAUUAAAAGGUUAUACUAAGAUGAUACGACAGUGAAAGAAAGGUAAUUCAUUAAAAGGAUACAGUGAUAGUGUUGAACAUUUAAUCACAUGUAGUUUGAUGUACAGUAUGUCUUGUGUAGACGCCUUUUGGCUUGUAAGCAUUUGUUGGCAAUCACAGUGACGACAGGAAGGAUUCACCUUUGCUCGAACAUACGUGUCCAUGACCGUGACUAUUUUUGGAUGAGCAGCUUAGCAGAAUUCACUGCUCAUUAGGUUUUGUUAUGUUGCGUAGUAGUUGCAGAGGCAGAAAUGGUCCAGUUUGAUUACAGACUAGUCUUGCAUAAUGUGUCUGCAAAAUGUACACUUUGUAACUAUCAAGUCAUUUCUUCAAAGAUUGGCUAACCCUUGGCUCUAUCAUGCUAAAGUAAUGUGCAAAUACACAAAGUUAAGCAUCGAUGCUUCAUAAAUAUGUUAAUUGUUAGAAAUAUACUGAAUAAAACCUUAACUAAAAAUACCUGCAUUUAAGUGCCCAGAGACAGCAUAUAUCCAUAAAUUCUACUCAGCAAACUGCAAUUAUCGAAACAAAAUAUGAUUACAUCAGUGCACUUAACCUGUGGCUUGAUUAGGAAUAUUUGCAAGGUUACUGUGCAUCUAUGUACAAAGUGUAAUCUGGAUAAUGUGCCAUUUCUUUGUAUUAAAAUGUGUUCAUCAGCAUACAGAAAAUCUAUUGAUGUAUGAGGAAUGUUUAAUGAGUCAAAUGUCCAACAUGUCUUUGUCAAACAUCAUUGCUUUUACUGACAUAAUCAUUUAUGUUUAACAACUGGCAUUAUUGCUUAUUGGUGAAAAAGGUUCCAGCCCAUGUUGAAAUUGAUUAACACAAUUAAAAUCUAUUGUGUGUAUGA